GGGCUUCGGUUUCUUUCUUUUUUUUUUGCAUCAGUAACUUCCAUUGUGGUUUCCUUUUUUUUGGAUUCUUUUUUAUUUACAGCAGUGGCGGUUCUCGGCCACCACAGAAAGAAGUCUCAAAACAACUAAAAUAAGAGGGGCAGGGAGACCGUUUUUCAGCGGUUACUCUUUGGGGUAAGACAGAAAAUGCCAAAAAAAAAAAACUGUGAUAAGUCUUCUAAUAUAGAAAUAUAAACAAAGAAAUUUAAAUUUCUAAAGAAAUAUUAAAAACAUUCUCACAAGGAAGAACAUUCACGGCUCCUUGAAAAAAAAUGUUUUGUUUUUUUUUUUAGAAUUUUUUUUUGUUGUUGUUCCCUUUUUCCCCAUUUAUUAUUAUUAUUAUUAUUAGUUUUUUUUUUUUUUACUGCUCCCUCACUUAGGCAACUCCCCGAUCCGUGACGCCACUCUGGGGGCGGGGCCAUGUGCUUUUAUAGUUUAUUUGCACAAUACCUCACUUCCUCGACAGCUGCCAUUGCUGUGGUGUGUGUGUGAGGCAGGAGGGGAGGGAGAGACCGAGACAGAGGUGAAGAAUUAGAGAAUAAAGGGGGGGGAGGGAGUGACAGAAGGGCGGAACAGCUGAAGGGAGAAGAGAAAGAUAGCUGUCUCUGGAGGAGAGGAACCGUAAAGGAGAUUCGUAGCGGGAGGAAGCAGCAAGAUAAAGCAGCGGUUCUAUGGCUCAGUCGGCUUCCAACGGUGUGGACCAGGAUCUGGCCAGCAAGAGGCUCCACUCAAGGUAUGAUACAUCGAUAAACAUGGGGGGUCAGUCCGGUAGCGUGUCCUUGGAUGGCUGUCAGGAUACAGAGGAAAUAAGGAGGGUAAGGAGCGGCUGUAGGGACAGAAAGACGAGGAUAGAGGUUGCCAGCUCGGGGUUUUUUGCUUACCAAGGAGGAGUCAGGCAGGCGGAACUUGACCAUCACAGCUUUCACUGAUUUAAAAAUCUCAAGACCCAGCCACAGCUGCAGCCAGAGCCCGGUUCCAAGCCUCAUUCCUGGCUCGGGUCAUUGAGCUGCUGUGGCUGGAAGUACAGACUGAGAGGAGCCUCAUGAGAUGUGGACGUAGGGGGGGAGCGAGGCAAGCAGUGUUAAAGUGUGCAGGUCACACAUAGAUCUGGUCUAAACGAGCCUUAUAGGUGUAAAAUCUGACCAUACAUGGGCUGAAGAUCACAUGGAUCCAAUAUGGUACAGGGUGAUACCUUUGCAAAGCAGUGGCUGUCAAAGUAUCUGUGCUUUAACCCAGUUAUUUGAAUAUUAAGAGUACAUGUGAUAACCAUGUUCCCACACAUUUAACCCACUAUUUCAACACCAUGAAGGUCACAAAACUGUUCACACUUGUUUCAAUGGAAAUCCCUCUUAAGACUGAUCAGACGAUUCAGUUUUAACAUGAAAAAUAAAGACAAUUUUACACUAAAAGUCCAAUUGGUAGCACUGGAAUUAAUAGUCUACUCCUAUUUUAUUUUGGAUUGUCCUGAUAGUUUUUCUUCCUUCAUAUGAUUUUCUUCUUUAACUCAAUUUUUGCUCAAACCACAAAUUGUGUCCUCCAUAAUUACAUUGUGUAAAGUUUAGAGGUUAAAUAUCAGUCUGGUUUUUGUCAUACCUUUUAGAUUAUAAGGGAAGACUGUUUGAAAACUCUUAACACAAAAUCAAGGAAUAUCAAACAUGUAGGAACUUUUGAAAAUCACCAAUCUUAGAUAAAAAUGACAUCUCUUAUUUGUUUGUUUUCCAUCCCUAUCUGUUUAAAGACUAUUAGUUAAAGAAAAGCAGUCAUCAGGCGACUCAGUUUUAACAUGAAGAAUAAAGACAAUUUUACAUUAAAAGUCCUAUUGGUAGCACUGGAAUUAGUAGUCUACUCCUAUUUAAUCCGUAAUCUGUCAAACAGACAUCCAAAUAUUGAAAAGUAGCACUUCUAAAGUUGGUGUAAGGAAAAGGUAGUUGCAUGUGUGCUAAAAACAGCGUAAAAAUGAUCAACUUAAUCCCCACAUAUUGAAAUUAAAACACAAUUUUAAAUAACUGCACUAAGUCUUCGCUAAUCAUGAAAAACAACUAACUUCUUUUCAAUAGCAACAGGUUAGCAAAUACCCGACUGAGUUUUUCUGCUUUGUCACUGUCAGAGUCUGUGACAGUUUCCUCUUCAUGCACCCAUCCUUAAACGCUGCAGUAUCCCAAAACCAUGUCUCACUGAGAGUUUGCUUCUUUAUUCUCACAGCAGUAUCUUUAGUCUGUAGGAUAGUGUUAUCUGUUGUUUGUUGACUCUUGUUUCGUGCUAGACACUCAACACUACUUAUCAGAUUUUUGUAAAACUUGACAGAAUGACGUGUUUCUGUUUUAUAUUUUGACAUUUUGAAAAUUACUAAUCACAGCAACACUAGUUAUGUAAGAGUGCCCCCUCAUCUCUAUCAGUCAAGUCGAUUAAAAAAGCAGAUACCACACGCACGAUAAACAAGGAGAUUUAGGGCAACGACUCGUCCAGUAGCUGUGUGGUUGAAUUUUAUAAAGCUGGAGGUUCACCUAUGAAAUCGUUGUUAUAUUGUCUUCUGUAAAACAAGCGCUUACUGUUUGGUUUGUGUUCAUAAAAAAGAUCGUAUUGUGUGUUGGAGGUUAUUGAAGUCAGGGUCUGUGGCUGCAGAGAAUAUUAAUAACCGUUGAGUUGUGAAGCGACAUUCACGAGCCCUGCAAGGUUAUGUCCCAGACAAACACACAAAGAUAAAUACAUGAAAUGACUCACAGUGCUGAUUAUGAUCAUAUGGCCAGGUCUACCCUCUGUGAGUGUUUUCCCUCUAUUUAACAAACACCUAAUGUGAAUACAUGACCUUUCUACAAUGAGGGUUAGGGAACAUGAGUGUUUGUGUGUGUGUGUGAACACCCAUGACCCACAAAAAAGACAGCGAUAUGUAGGGUCUUUGUUAGCAAACAACCAUAAUGAAAGGCUGCUGUUUUCAGGCGUCCAGACAUCCAAACUCAUAAAUUUGAGGCCAUUGAGAGGUAGAAAAGGGGAAUAUAGUUAAAAAAAAACAAACAACUGUAAGAAAAUGAAUACAUAAAACUUCAGUGUUUAGUGCAGCAGGUAACAUUUCUCUUAUUUUUAACAUUAGUGUUUUCUUUUGGCCACAUAAUCUCCACAAGAGUCUCUAAACCAGUUGGUUUGGGUACACUCACCAUGGGUCUUCAUUUCUGAACAGUCUGGACUCUUAAUAAAUAUGAUAAUACAUAAAUUUUCAAAAUGAAUUAUGAUGAUCUUUUGAUCAAAUUUUGAAGACCUUUGAGACAUUUUCUGUUUUAUUCUACAUGGUUUCAGUACUCUUUGUGAUCUUAUUAAAACCUGACCCAACCUUAUGAUUUUGCCUAUGUAUGUUUAAGUGCUUAUUAGUGGUUGAUUUACUUCAAAGAGCCAGAGGUCUUUGGCUAAUUAUAAUCUCUUGAUUUUAAUUGGCCUAUUAGACAUACGCAAACAAUGCUAAAAAUACACUCUAGCUAAAGGCCUGGUUUUGGAGCUCUAUUUCUCAUCAUGUUGUAUUGAAAAUUGUGUGUUAUGGAAAUGGGUGUGUCGAAAAGAUCAUAAAGAGUAAAAGGAGAUCUAUUUUACUAAUUUUCAUAUUGGCGUCCAUGGAAACCUUCUUUCAACUUCUGCCUGAAAGGUGUUUUCUCAAGGUCUUUUCCAGUGAUAUAGACUUACAGACACAUUGUGCGUGUUACUUUUUACACAGCUUUGUAGUUAUGAAAUGACUUGGAAAUAAAGCCUUUCCAGAAAAUGUUUGAAGUUCGUCAUAGAUGCCCACUUAGCUCCUCAUUUCAGUAACACUUGAGACACACAUCCGGCUCACACUGGCCUUUGUUGACAAAGUAAUCAUCAGUGAAGUGGCGAACACAAAUAGAUGUUGUUGUCCUGAAAACAUUAAAACUUUCCAACAGUUUUCAAGUGCCUAUGAGAAAUCAGCUGUGACCUUUCAUCACAGCUAAAGGAACACUGGAGGGGAACUAUCUAAGAGAUACUGAAUUAAUUAAAGUGCAGGGCAAUGGACUUUCCAAACAAUGGGGAAUUGGAAAGGUUGGGUAUGUCAGGUCAGCUUAUCUUAAGAUAGAGUCCAAUUGGGAGAGCAGAGCCUGAUGUCAGGUUGAGGCCAAGUCCUGCAAAAGUAUCAAAACAAGCUUCAGGGAAUCCAGGAAAUGCGGCUUGGGAGUAUUCCAGCAUCUGUGUAUGUUAUUAUUUUGAAACUUUGCAGAGGUUUCGUAUGGACACCCUACAAUGUAGCAUUAUGUGUAUGUAUUAAAAUUUGGAUCAGCAUAUUAGAUCUCCUUUAAGUGAACACCCUGCAUCAUUGGUUUUUGGAAAACUUUGCAAUCUCCAACAUUCCAGUUUUAUGUAGAUAGUAGAUAAUGCAGAUAGCCGUUAAAGGGUUAAUAUUGCGAGAAAAGAGAGGGUUUUAAAAACAAUGAAAAAUAAAUGGAAGUAGUUUUCAUAAUUGUGGUUUUACAAAAGAAUCGGACAAAGGAGGGAAAAAAAGGACACAGCUCUGCUCUAACUGAAAGGGACAUGCACUGCAAGAGGAGAAAACAUUCCUAGAGAGUUUCUCUUUGGUUUCCCUGACAACUGGCCGUGGCACUCUGUAAUUAUGGCUAGAAUUACUACUCUGAGCACAGAGUUUGUUAGCUAAGCCAAGAAUAAUGGGGACAGUAAUGUAGAACUGUCAAUGUGGGAUAAGGAUACCUAAAUUAAGGAAGGGCCCCAGGUGAGGAAGUUCAUCAGUUUGUUAUAACAAACUAUCACUCCUGUUAUGUUUUUAUAAACUAUAUCUGAAGAAUUUGAAGAUAAUCCAGAUUUGAUACGAUGUUAAAGUCACUACAUACUUGAAUGUUUAAGUCUGAACAUCAACACUCUGAUCUGUGGUUUUAAAAAAUCAAACUCUGUCCUGUGGCUUUAACCUCAUUUUAGUCCAUAAAUUUUUGCUGUAUAUUACCAUGACAGAAAAACACAUUUUAAAAUUUUAGUGUCUGAGGAUUCAGGCAAAGCUGUCCCUGUAAAUCAUGUUUGUUUUCCACUGAAAGAGUAAACCUCAGAUAAGGGGAAUCUCAGCCAAGACACAAACCUCUCUGCGCCCCAGCUACUUGUCUCCUGAAGCCUGUCCAAUAUGUAGCUUGUUCUUUAUGACGCCAUGGUAACAACACUUUGGAGCUAUAUCUUUGACCACAGGCAGCUUUUUAUAACAGACCAAUUAAAGUGGCAAUCAGAGGAGAGAGUGGAGGACUUUUAGAUUUAUGUACUGCCUACAUCCAUUGUUCCGCCAACCACAUGCGUGACAAGAAUGAAAGCCGCAGUGUAGUUCAUCUGUUGACUAAGUGGGAAGGGUUUUCCUUUGUUUUCUAUUUGUUUUGCCACUCUUAAACUGUUCAUCCACAUCUUUUUAUCUUUGUUGUAGUUAGUUGUUAUUUAGCCCUCAUUCGCCCUCACCAUUCUUAGUUCACCGACUGAUCAAGAUGAGUGAUGGUAUGUCACGGGCCUUCACAACUUAGCAGCUUUUGUUAUUUAACCAUAUCGUCAGACUUUCUCAAGGCAACACCCUUUUUCCACAGUCUGCUAUAAAGGUUACAGUUUUACAAUUUGGCGGAGGUUUUCGAGAAGCCCCUGGACCAUCUGCAGCAGAAAUUCCCCUUUUAUUGUCUUUUUUUUAUCCUCUUCUCAUAACAGCAAGAGUUCAAACUUCUGAAGUUCACUUUCUAAUCCUCAUCAUUAUUGUCAUCAUGCCUCAAUGAAGAAACUGCAACAAGGUCUUUGUAAAGCCCAAGUAUUCACCAUUGAUUUGACGGAUGACAGCCAUCUAUCCUUAAUCCAUGAAGCCUUAUUAUCAGAUGGAAACAGUUCUGCUUUUUGUGUAACAUCAAACCUGUCCUCUCUUACCCCCAAUUUCCACCGCAUCCGGAACAGCUACAAAGAGGCUGUAUCCACCGAUCGUAGCUGAUCGUAACCAUUCAAUUUAAUGUGUCAAUUUCCACCGGCUUCUUUCCGUUCCGCUGCAAAUCGCAGGACUCCGCAGCUGAUCGUAAAAGUUCUAUUUUUUCUGCGCGAUUGCAUGUAAAUCCGCAGGUUCCUGUGAGUUCUCGCGAUUCCUGCUGUCCAUAAUGUGCCAUGAAAUUCGCCUCACAAACGGUUCCAGUGGGAAUUGGCGGACGGCGCAAAUUGCAGCUGUUCUGGAUUGAACACAGUGGAAAUACAGGGUUAGACACAGUCACUCCAAUUUUCUCCAUGGUCAUUUAUAAAGUCAAAGGUCAGAGAAGAAGGACAGUGUCUCUUUUAAAAAAUAAAGGUUAUCUGAAGCUUUAUUUUUCCAUCUAUCUAUUUUUCCUCUAACUUUUACAAGACAUGUAUGUUGACUUUGCUUUGAUUCAAUACCCAUGAGUAUUUUCCAUCUGUGAUCUCUGUUACUGCUUUGACCUUGUAACUUUCUCUCUGGCUGCUGCUACCUACACCAACAACCAUCCCUGAUUACAACUAAAGACAGCCACUGCACAGCCAGUAGCACAUCAUAACUCUGUGAACCCUCCAGUGAAGACAGGCCAUGUUGUCCAUUUGUCUACAAAAUGUUAUAGUACACUUGUUGACCCCACCUUCUCCCUGAAAAAAAAAAACUUUAUUAGGGUCUAGAUUUUGUUCAGAAACCUCAAUAGCUGCCCCUCUGUACUGUACAUCUCGUCCAGGCCGACGAACAUGCAGUAAUGGAGCAGAGCCACUGUUAAUGUAAUUAGAUGCACCUGGGGUAAGCCUUUCAAUACAUUACUGUUUCCAUGACCUUACACUGACACUAAACAGAAGGGGUAUUAAUAGUAGCAUGCUAGUAGAGCUGCAGGAAAAGCAUCAGUGGACUGUAUGCAUUCAGGCAUUUACAUUAAGUUUAGGUUGCUCCAAAAUCACAGCCAGUAAGAACUGUUCGAGUUUUUUAAUGAUUAUUUUGAGGCUAUUUUCAUUUGAUAGAGCAGUGUGAGAAAGACCUUUUGGUGACCUUUGUUCAUGCACUUGCACCACCAACUGAGCUAAGCUUGCACCCCCAUAUGCUCUUAUUGACAAGUUGUGCACUCACAAUCUUAUCGUUGAUCUGUCCCUCAACUCCCAUAUACUUAGUCUUACUUGUCUUGGUUGCCGGUGACCUAAUAAUGUUUCUGCCAGUGUCAGCAGAUAGUGGGAUUAGUGUGGGCCAAUCAGUGCGCUGUGCUCUGUCAACGAAGGAGGUGCAUGUUCCUGGAUUAGUAAUUGUCUUUAUUUCAUCCUUCCUGUCUGGCUCUCAAGGAUGAGCUAAGAAGUAAUGCUCUUGCUUUCGAUGAUUGGAUGUCUUCUUACUUAUCCAGAGUAGCUUCUUUUAUUACAACUCCCUUUUUGUACAAUGAGACUUGUCCCAGCAAGGCAGACCAAUGGAUCUUUUCUGAAGACAUGUGGAAGAGGGUCCAGAGAAUAAGCAUGACUCCAAAGGGGAUAGUUCAUGACGGAACAGCGAUUGACAUCUUAACUUUUUAGUUAAGUUCGUUGGACCGGUGGGAUUUGGAUCCGGUAGAAUUUCAGAUCAAGAUGUUCUUCCAGAGAAAUACAACAGUAUCUGGAACGCCUCAAGUGAGUCAUUUUCUGCAGUUCCCUCAUAUCUGGCUGGGCUGAUGCGGUCAAGAGUUCACCGUGCAGAUUUUGGAACGCUCUCAAGACCUUGGAAAGCAGAUGUAAUUCUCGGCUGCUCUUGGACUGUGCCAGAGGUCCAGUGGAUUGUGUCCAGGUUUGCUCUGAUGUUGCUGACAUGGAUUUUUGAGGAGAAUUUUAAAUGGCCAACGUGAAUUUAGAGUUUGUGAAGCCAGAGAAACUAUUACCUGGAUUGUUCAUCUCAAUCUGCCACACUGACUGAUACCACUUGAGGUCUAAGUGCUGCAUCAUCAGCAGCAAUACCUGUACUGCUUGGAUUGCACACCGAACUGCAAUGCAUUUGGACAAGAGUUGCUUCUUUUUUUGAAAUUCUGUGGCCUUAGUUAGACAUGCCAACCUUUACAGGUAUGGAGUCUGAGCCUUGCCCUCUCACUGGAGCUGAGAUAGCGGUGUGUAAAUUGGUCCACAAUGGACCCCGUCCCCAAGCCAUGCUAAGGCCUUUACGCUUGGAGCUGCAGACAUAUGUGAACAAAACGAGAACCAAGCAAAAACACAGGUACUGCUCAAUACUUGAUAGAAUUCUGCAAUCACUGAAUCAUGAGGCUACAAAAUUUUCAGACCAGACCAUUUUGAGCACACUGAUUCUCUAAUCUUAUUCCAAAAAAGUCUGUACACUAUUUAAAAGUUCAUGAAAACAUAAUUCAAUGGCUUGCAAAUCAGUUGAAGCCUGAGAGUUUUUAUUGUUGUACAAAACUUGAUGCUCAUUUUAAGUUUGAUGCCAGCAGUACAACACUUUUCUAUGGUUAGGGGUCUUCUUUAUCGUAUUUUUCAUUACUUGGUGUGUGAAAUGUUUUUAUUGGGUGACUGCAGGGAGAACGGUUUAAUACCCAGACUCCUCUACUACAACACCAGGCUAAGUAUGUGAGGUUUUCCCUAAAAAAUGCAUUUCCUGGAUGGGAUCAAAAAAGCUGUCUGGCCCUUCUCCUCUGCAGUGCACAUGUGUGAUUUCCAAAAAGAAUGUCAAAUUGGAUUUGCCAGGAUGGUUUUCCAUUCGUAGUCAGUCGUUCUUCAAUGGCUUAAGCCAAGAGAAGUCACUGGCAUUAGUGAGCCAAGUUUGUAUAUGGUUUCCUCUCUGCAGAGUACAAUUUCAUCCUGCAUCAUCAGAUGCUGCAACAAACUGUGUCCACAGAAAAUGAUUUUGUGGGUAAUUAAAGCCCAUACAGUGGUUUACAAGACAAAGUUAAUGCAGUUCUAACUCAGGGCAAGAUCGCAGCCAUACAGUAUUGAUUUUAAGCCUUGUUUUUUGCAUUGGAGAUCUUUCCAGAGCCACAGAAUCUUCUGACAAUAUGUCUUCAAAAAUGAAAUUCCCCAUUUCUCCCCAAUUUUACUAACCUGUUUCCGAUUAAACCAAUAGGAUGGAGUUCCUCCAAGUUUAUUUUCAGUGUUUUGUUGUCCCUGUAAAUACUUAUUUGAAACAUGUUGCUGGCAUCUAAUUUAAACUGAGCAUAUUUUUGUCACGAAACAAUGAUCCUUUUCAUUUUCAACAGAGCUUAACUUUUUUAGAAUUGGUGCUUGAAAUCAGGAAGAGUCGACAGCAACUCAUAUCUUUGUAAUGAGCUACCGAGUGAAGUUAAUGGCUUCACACUACACCUUACCAUCAGGCGCUUUGGUAUUGAACAAUUUCUACAAUUGCUGUAGGGGUACUUUUUUGGAAAGCAAUGGAUACACAAGAGUUAUUUACUAUCUUCUGUGUAUUUUCAUUUGGUUCCCUCAGGUUUUAAAAUGGAAAAGGGUACCACUGGGGAUACAAACAAGUGUAAAGACUAGUUUCAUGAAUGCAGCUUGAAAUUAAUGAACCAGCCUUUGAGUUUCCUGCUUAACCUGCAGGUGAGACUACAUAUGGUACUAUUGUCUUUCUUGAAUGGGACCUUCUUUGAAACAGAUGAGAUUCAAGGAUAAUCCUUGCUUAACUCUUUAUUCUAAUACCUCAUCUUGAAUUUAGAGCUGCAACCUAGUCGGCUGAGUUUAUCCUGGAUAAUACCAUUAAUCUAUGGUGUAUAGAUUCCUGAUGCAAUUCACUGAUUGUGCUCUCUAUGACCCCUCUCCCACUUGUAUAUGGACAUCACACUUUUUUCCCCCCUGAUUACCUAAAUCAGAGUUACACACAUACAAAUUAGUUCUUCUGAUGACCAGGAAGUUUUCAACAGACACUGAGUUAAUAUUUCUCUCACAUUCCCUGAUAUACUCUGAUUGAUCCAGCAGUUGCCGUGGUAACCAGUACAUUGUAUAAGUGGUAGGAAGGCUCCUCUUGACUUAGAUUUUGAAAGUUAUUCUUAGAAAAUGUUAGGUAUAAAAAUGGAUCAGGAUAGAAAUGUAGGCUGGCGGAAAACUGUUUGAAUCAUCAGGCGUUGACCCGUAUGGAUACUCCCCCCUGUCCACAUGCAAUAUCAGCAAAGUCAGAAAUGAAUUUAAGGACAAAUACUCGUACCAUUGAUACAAGUAAUCACUUACAUGUGUUUUUUAAAUUUGACUACAAAAACAAUAAUGAGUAAAAACUAAAACACCUUUUUCAAGGUGCUCAUCUUGGAGCCCCAGACUCUGUUGCUAAGGCAACAGUCCACAGAUAUGGCUACAGAUCUUGUUGUCAUGGUGAUUCUGGCAAUUUGUUACUCACCGUGUUACAGGGAUACAGAGUCUCUGAUCUUAGUGCUCACAUGUUAAUGUGGUGUGUCUAUCUCUUCCUGUGUGUGUGUACUUUUUAGGAUGGAGGCCUCCUGCCUGGAGUUGGCGUUGGAAGGAGAGCGGCUGUGCAAGGCAGGGGACUUUAAAGGGGGAACAGCGUUUUUUGAGGCAGCAGUGCAGGUCGGUACAGAGGACCUGAAGACCUUAAGUGCCAUCUACAGCCAGCUGGGCAAUGCUUACUUCUACCUCAAGGAGUAUGGAAAGGCUCUGGAGUACCACAAACAUGACCUUACUUUGGCAAGGUGAGCAACAUACCUUCAUUAGAGUCCAAGGUAAUGUCAAAACCUGGUCUGAGCUGUUAUGAAUAAUGAGAAAUAAGUAAAACCAGCAUUUAAACCAGAUGAAACCCGAUUAGAAAGUAGUCAAUGCAGUGCCAACUGCUCUUGUACUUCUAUAAUAUAAUCAAUAGAGUGUCAUCUCUACACUUCUAAAGGAUAAUUUGUGAAGCACCUUGAUAUAGUGUUGCAGUUUUCACUCAUUGUUGCUUCAAUCAGCUUGUUUUUUGACAAAUUUAAAAAACACAUAGUUCUCUUGCACAAGUGUUAUGAGUGUUUAGUUAUGCAAAUUAGAAAUCUGGUGGGGUGAGCAAGACCCCUGUGGCUAACAUUUUUGUCACAGUGUCAGCUAGCAAUGGUCAAAUGUACCAGACCCCUUUCCACAAACUGCUUUAAUAUCAAAUGUGUUGUCAAGUUGUCUCCCCCAUUUAGUUGGAUGGGUAGUAACUGUUGUAAGGGGUUUUAACCAAUCAGAAUCCAGUAUUUAAAACAGUUUAACAGAACUUAACAUAAAAAAUACAAUAUACUUUAACCAAUGUAUUUUAUGUUUGGGUGUUUAAAAACUGAACUACUAUGUAUUGGUCAUCAUUACUUUUGAGAAAAACUCUUCAUGUUAGAUUUUAGGAUAAGGAUAAGAUUCACAGGAAAUCUGCAGUGGCUACCCAGGGACCACUUUCGAUUGUGUUGUUACAACAGACAGUAAUAAAGAAGGCUUCGGUGCCAGGUAGCACAGAGAGGUUGAUCCAGUGCAGAGCUAAUAAUGAGUGUUUAAGGAUCAUAUGUUAAUGAGUCUGCUUUCAGAUGUACACACAGAGAAAGAUCAUUCAGCGGAUCAUUCCUGACAGGUUUCGUGGCUUUAAUCAGAUGCAUUAAGAGCUGCAGGGAUUCUGAAUUGUGUUGACACUAUGUCAGGUAAUGAAAUUCAAAGAAAAGUGAGGGGACUUUCAUGUAAUAACAGUCUUCAACUAGCAGCUGAUUACUGAGCUUGAACGAGUAAUCCAGUCCCCUGCUGUGAGUGCAGCUGGUGCUUCAGCGGGGAAGCCAUCAAAGACCCCAGGGAGAUUUACCUUGUUACAUUACAGACUCAGCAGGACCUCAGCGAGUCGCUGAGCCUCCUAGGAGCCAAUUAAAAAUGUGCUACGCAGCAUCUACCUAUUAAAUACGUCUACAGCACCUUAAUGGUAGUCAUUUCCCUUAAUGACAAUGACUUGGAGAAACUGUGGUCUUUAUUCUCAUUGCUUAACAUAAACAAGAUGUUUCUUUGCUCCCCCAGAACAAUAGGAGACAGGAUUGGAGAAGGGAAAGCCAGCGGGAACCUUGGAAACACUUUAAAAGUGUUGGGGCGCUUUGACGAGGCUGUUGUGUGCUGUCAAAGACAUCUGGAUAUUUCUCAAGAGCAGGGGGAUAAGGUAAUAUCGUUUGGCCAUGAUACACAAAUAAAAACUACACAACGCUAUCAACAAAGAUGUACAAAAUUAUUCUCCUGACAUAUUUACGCAUCUACGAGGAAUUCCUCUACAUCCCCAUCGCUCUUUUCGAACCUUGUGCUGUCUCUGUUUUCCUGGAUCGUAGGUUGGAGAGGCCAGAGCUUUAUAUAACGUAGGGAACGUUUUCCAUGCAAAGGGCAAACAGCAGUUGUGGGGCUGCACCCAGGAACCAGGAGACCUGCCUCCCGAUGUCAGAGACACACUGCAAAGGGCUACCGGCUUUUACGAGUAGGUAUUGUUACCUAACACACACACACACACACACCAGAUGGAAAACUGCACUGGCAGAGGUCGUUUAGAAGAGUAAGCUUCACUGCAUUUUAUGGCGACACCAGGAAUUUAUUGUAGCGCACUCAGCAGUAUUGAUAUGUCAGAGCUAUCUCCCUUUCUUCUCAAAGCUGCAAGCAGAAAACUUGCCUGCGGUAUUAAUUUAGACCUUAUUUUGGCUCAUCUGUGACUAAUAUCUUCUUGAGCUCUUCGUGGCACAUCUGCUGAUUUGCUAAAAGAUAACUUGGAUGAAAGGAAGAGACAGAGACAAACUAUAAGACCAGACUCAGAGUUUCACUGGUAAUUGGAUUUUGCUGCACUGUUUUUCCAAACACAGCUCUUCUCAAACAUUUGUCAAGACACAAUUUGGUUGUCGUUCAAGGUCAGGCUGACUCAUACUCAAAACACUAUCUCAAACUUGCCGCUCUAAAGUGUUUUCUUUCUUUUCACUGUCGCUUUGUUUCAGUGUAUAUGAAGACUGACUGAUUUAGAGUGUCUGCUGCUGUAAUUGAGUGUGUUUAUCUCUGUAGGAUGAAUCUGUGUUUGGUCAAAGAACUUGGAGACCGAGCUGCUCAGGGGAGGGCUUACGGGAACCUGGGCAACACCCACUAUCUGCUGGGAAACUUUGUUGAAGCGAUCAAGUUCCACCGUCAGGUGAGGAAUUCAAAAUGUUUGCCAGCAUCCUUAUAAUAUCACUGGAGGAUAGAUAAGAGAUAUCAGCACUGCUGUAGAGCCUGAACAGAGCAGUGACCUUGUGUCAACAGAGCAAAAGUCAGACUCUCCUCUGGAUGAAGGUUGUUGACCUUGGGGGUAUUCAGCAACUUUAAAGCACCUCUUGAUAUCAUCCUCAGCUGUACUUGAUAGAAUUAGAAAUAUUGUUAACGCUUUACUUGACACCUAUCCCUAGAACGCAUUAUAAAUACACUCACCGGCCACUUUAUUAGGUACACCAUGCUAGUAACGGGUUGGACCCCCUUUUGCCUUCAGAACUGCCUCAAUUCUUCGUGCCAUAGAUUCAACAAGGUGCUGGAAGCAUUCCUCAGAGAGCUUGGUCCAUAUUGACAUGAUGGCAUCACACAGUUGCCGCAGAUUUGUCGGCUGCACAUCCAUGAUGCGAAUCUCCCGUUCCACCACAUCCCAAAGAUGCUCUAUUGGAUUGAGAUCUGGUGACUGUGGAGGCCAUUUGAGUACAGUGAACUCAUUGUCAUGUUCAAGAAACCAGUCUGAGAUGAUUCCAGCUUUAUGACAUGGCACAUUAUCCUGCUGAAAGUAGCCAUCAGAAGUUGGGUACAUUGUGGUCAUAAAGGGAUGGACAUGGUCAGCAACAAUACUCAGGUAGGCUGUGGCGUUGCAACGAUGCUCAAUUGGUACCAAGGGGCCCAAAGAGUGCCAAGAAAAUAUUCCCCACACCAUGACACCACCACCACCAGCCUGAACCGUUGAUACAAGGCAGGAUGGAUCCAUGCUUUCAUGUUGUUGACGCCAAAUUCUGACCCUACCAUCCGAAUGUCGCAGCAGAAAUCGAGACUCAUCAGACCAGGCAACGUUUUUCCAAUCUUCUAUUGUCCAAUUUUGAUGAGCUUGUGCAAAUUGUAGCCUCAGUUUCCUGUUCUUAGCUGAAAGGAGUGGCACCCGGCGUGGUCUUCUGCUGCUGUAGCCCAUCUGCCUCAAAGUUCGACGUACUGUGCGUUCAGAGAUGCUCUUCUGCCAACCUUGGUUGUAACGGGUGGUUAUUUGAGUCACUGUUGCCUUUCUAUCAGCUCGAACCAGUCUGGCCAUUCUCCUCUGACCUCUGGCAUCAACAAGGCAUUUCCGCCCACAGAACUGCCGCUCACUGGAUAUUUUUUCUUUUUCGGACCAUUCUCUGUAAACCCUAGAGAUGGUUGUGCGUGAAAAUCCCAGUAGAUCAGCAGUUUCUGAAAUACUCCGACCAGCCCUUCUGGCACCAACAACCAUGCCACGUUCAAAGUCACUCAAAUCACCUUUCUUCCCCAUACUGAUGCUCGGUUUGAACUGCAGGAGAUUGUCUUGACCAUGUCUACAUGCCUAAAUGCAAUAAGUUGCCGCCAUGUGAUUGGCUGAUUAGAAAUUAAGUGUUAACGAGCAGUUGGACAGGUGUACCUAAUAAAGUGGCCGGUGAGUGUAUAUGUAUAAUGUGUUACAAUCACGUUAUAGCACUGUAUAACUAUAGUUAUAAACACUCAUAAAUGAUCAUAAUGCUUUCUAGCAAUAAUAAUAACACAUUAUAAAGCAUUUUAACAUGACUUACAAGGUCAGGUAUUAUAAUAUGUUAUAACUGUUGACAACUCACUGACAAUGCCCAUAUAGAUAAUGUAUUAUACAUAUAUUUAUGAUGUGUUAUAAUUUGCUUAUAAACUAUCACUUUAAACACUUAUUAUCGUAAGGCUUUAUAACAAUAUGCAUUACACAUUUCAAUACCUGACCUUAUAAGUCAUGUUAAAAUGCUUUAUAAUGUGUUAUUAUUAUUGCUAGAAAGCAUUAUGAUCAUUUAUGAGUGUUUAUAAUGAUAGUGAUACAAGUUUAUAAACAAAUUAUAACACAUCAUAAAUAUGUGUAUAAUGCAUUAUCAAUGUGGGCAUUGUCAGUGAGUUGUUAACAGUUAUAACACAUUAUAACACCUGACCUUGUAAGUCAUGAUAAAAUGCUUUAUAAUGUGUUAUUAUUAUUGUUAUAAAGCAUUAUGAUCAUUUAUCAGUGUUUAUAGUUAUACAGUGCUAUAACAUGAUUAUAACACAUUAUACAUAUAUUUAUAUUGCGUUAUAGAGAUAGGCGUCAAGUAAAGUGUUACCAAAAUAUCUUUUAUACUUCCUCUUAUGGAGCUCAGGUUUAACAGAUACUUUGUACAUGUCUUUCUGAUUUAUGUUCAGUAUUGGUUUAACUGGUCCAAACCGUUUACAUACACAUUACAAUGUGGUUUGGGGUGUUUUGGUGGCUCUGGCCAGCUGUGUGGCCCUGAAAUCUUAGCCUGGGAUCUUUGAGAGCCACAGCACCACAUGAAAACACUCGCAGGGAGUUGCUGUCAACAGAUUUCGCCUCUUGGUUGUAUGUCUGUCAUGUCUGGGCCACGGGGAAAAAAACUGGUUCCCAGGAAACUUGAUAAAGUGUUGGGUUAAAUCCGACAAGUUUGAAUGAUGGGAGCUUUUAGGUUUGGUCAUGACUACUUAGUUUGUCAUGCACAGACUUUAGUUUGCACAGAUUUUACAUGCAAAACAGCAAGAUUUGCAGAGAGGAAAAGACAACAGAGUAUCAGGGUAUGAAGAGAGUCAAAAACAAUUGCACGAAUCUUCAUUCUCUUUUGAAAUAUCAGCAGAUGUAGCUCAUCCGAUUUGGCAACAGUAAAAACACUGUGUUCAGGGACUCAGGGAGAAAAAGUGCGGAAAUUGGUUUCUUGGUGAAUCACUGGCAAACAUGGCCUUAGGCUGUCUCUCCUCCUAUAAUUCCUGUCACUUUUCAUCAUGAAACAACUUGUUUCCUCUUUGGAGAGGCCGAUCUUUUGUCUCUUUCCUGUUAUAAACCAAUCACUGUGCCAUGUGGGGAAGCUCACUGGUUUGAAGGGAAGAUUUGGUGCUCCACUCUGUAAGAAUGGGAUUGAAAACAAAAGCUUGCAAAUUGUCUCUGCUCCAACAUUAAAUAUAAGAGGCUAUUAAAACGAGGGAGGAAAUUAAAAGGGUAAUUAAAAAUCCAGAGUCACUAUAUGUGCUCUUUUUUAUUCGCAGCGAUUAUCCAUAGCCAAAGAAUUCGGGGACAAAGCUGCUGAACGGCGAGCCUACAGUAACCUUGGGAAUGCCCUGAUAUUCUUGGGCCAGUUCAACACAGCAACUGAGUACUACAGGUGAGGAGUGAAGAGCCUGACAUCUAGUGGAGAAAACCUGAAGUGAUUCUUCAAAUAUCUGUUAUUGUCUUCUAUCUUUCUUAUUCCAUUACCUCAUCCUUUUACCUCUCUCUCUUUUCAACUGUAGGAAAACUCUGCAGUUGUCCAGGCAGCUAAGGGACCAGGUGAUGGAGGCACAGGCCUGUUACAGCCUCGGGAACACCUACACUCUUUUGCAGCAGUAUGAGAGGGCGAUAGAUUACCACCUUAAGCACCUGUACAUCGCCCAGGAACUUACAGAUAGGUGAAUAUUGUACUGUAAACAUGCAUGAGCAGAGGAGUGCAUUUUAUGAACAUCUGUCUGUGUGAUUUACGUCUUACUAGAGUCGGUGAGGGCCGUGCCUGCUGGAGUCUGGGAAAUGCUUAUGUGUCUUUAGGGAACCAUAAACAAGCGCUUCACUAUGCACGAAAGCACUUGGACAUCUCUAAAGAGGUACAACAAUUUUUUUUUUUUUUUAUAGUGUCUUGGCAAAGAUUAAAGGCUCUUCCUUGUUUGUGGCACACGGCUGAGGUUGUUUUCUUUCUACCCGGCUCUUUGUUUAUUCCUCAGAUUGGAGACAGAAAUGGAGAACUGACAGCCAGAAUGAACGUGGAGCAGCUGAUGGAGUCUCUCGGGGUCAAUGAGAGCGAUCUUUCGCCUUCUAGUUCGGAGUUUGAGAUGCAAGGUAACAAAAUAAGAUGUUUAUACCUUUAAAUAUAAGUAUUGUGGGUUGAUGUGUUAGCUUUCAAGGCCGACCACACCUCGAGGUCUUGCAGGAAAAUGUCAGAGGUUAAGCCAGGUUGAAAAAUUUGCCUGUUUGUGUUUAACUGUGCAGUCAGCUGUGAGUAUUUAAGGAAAUUUUCUGAAGUACCGAGCAUGUGUGAAUAUUACAUUUGUUUACCACGCACUCUCUGCUGAAUGCUUGAAAUGGAUUGACACUAAGGUCUUGUAUUAAUACGGUGUUGUACAAACAUCGCCGCUGUUCUCGCCAAUUAUAGUUGUUCAGAUAAUGGAAUUAGGGGCGGUGUCAGUGUCGUUUAAAUUGUCAGUUCAAGUGUUAAUGAUGUAAUGUGGUGCUGUAGUGGUAAUGGAGAGCCUUUAUUCCAUAAACAAGCAUUUUAAAUAGUAUCUUUAAAUUGAUUUGAAGGGAAUAUUGGUUAUCGUUAAAAAUGAGUAUUAGCAGGGAACUAAAGUGAGAGCCAGAUUAAUGUCCUUAACAGUGAGGAAAUGUUAAAGUACAACAAAGAAAAACUAAUUUUGCCUUUACCAUGAAGUGAAAUGUGUUCUCACUCUGGGUUUUUGCUUUCUGCUUGAUUUCUUACAUGACAAAGUCUGUGUUUUCUUGGGUGUGCCUUCGUUUGAGCACUUGCAUUUUAUUUUUGCGUUACCUGCCUGUUUGCACUCUGCACACUGUGGUUAGGAUAGGCUGUGUUUGAACUGUAUGUACCCUCCUUUCUGACAGAAAUAGAAACAAACUCUGGUCAUAAAUCUUUUGGAAAUGGCUUCAAAAUGUAAAAGGAAAAAAAAAAAGAAAAAACUCGAGAAACUGGUUUUUGUAAAAGUAUGUCUGUGUGUCAACUUUUAGAUUCAGCUCUUCAACCGUGUUUGAUGAAAUUAACUUGUGGUCUUGAGCAAACUAACUGAAAUACUGUUCGUGUACACAAGGUGGCCAUUUAAAUGUUAAACCAACUUGAGAGAGACAUAACAGACCGACCGUGUCCGUGUUGUGUCUGAACCGAGGCUAAAAGCGAGCAUGUGCAAAGAGUGUGAACAAUUUUAGAGUAAAUAUGAGAAGAAGGUCUUUGACCCUCCAUUCAAUGGAAGAUUUGUUCGCAAACUCUGUUUUCAGAAUUAUCUUUGAACAACCAAAGUGGCUCUCGCUAUGGCGUGUGUUAUAGGGAUCGUGUGAAACAUAUGCAAAGUUGGAAAAAAAAAGGUCUAUAUAUAUGAUCUUUAUCUGUACAGUCAGGCGAGCUUUAGUGUGAUGUUUGUGGUCAGGAUCUCUCCUCCAGGGCUCGAAACUCACACCCAUGUCCUACAUUUCCCUCUCUGGUGCAGAGCAGGCUAACAGACUCUUAUUCAGAUUGUUUGCUUGGUUGUCUGACUAAACCACGGAUCCACACCGAACAUCAUGAGACUAAUACUGACAUGACUGGCUGAUCCAGAGGACAGACAAAGAGAGCUUUGCAUGCUUGAUUUGACUGUAUAUCAACAGUUGUGAAAUAUUUUUACUACUCAGUGCUGUUUAUUUACUUGUGUAUCCUGUUUACUCUUAGGAGCAAGACCAAAAUUCACCAAGAGAAACAGCAUGGACAGUGUGGAGCUGUGGAAGUACUCCACAGAUAAGGUGAUAUUUCACUCUUGUGAAUAUUAAACACAUCCAAGUCACUCAGAAGUGUCGCUAACAUGAAGAUUUGUAACCCCAGAAUGGUGACAACCAAGACUUGGAGAGUAUACCCAGGAGAUCUAAGAGUCAGACGUCCCAGCCGGGUAAAAGAAAAGGUUAUCCUGACAGUCAGUCAUCAGACGAAAGGCCGUGGUUGGAUUCACCCCUUGACACUGAUGACAUCACUUUGCAAGUCCCGCCACCUGUGCCAGUGAGUUGUUUAACCUGCUUUAGUAUCAGCACCUUACUCUCACCCAGUCGAGCUGGACUGUACUAACUUUUUUAUGUAGGCGGAGUCAACUGUAGCUCCAUAUUUACCAUGAAGAUUUACCACUCUUUUAGCAUACUUUGAAUACAGCUUGAAGGUAUAUUACCUAGAUAUCAACUCCGUAGUUUUUAGUUCCAGCUAUCUGAGGUUUUGGGUGUUUCAUUUAAGUGUUCUCAUGUUCUUUUUCUAAUUUGGAAAUAUAAUGGAAUAAAUCAAAAUUUUGACAAGAGAUGCACCGAUAUUUGAUAUCGGUAUCAGUCCCGAUACUGAAGAAAAUUCUAGAUCGGGUAUUGUGACAAUGGGCCUGAUGCAUAGGGGCCGAUCUAUUCAGUCUAACUGUAGGUUAUAUGCUGUGAGUGGCAUCUACAAGUAAAGACGCUGAGCGGAUGCCCACAUUGUUCUCAAAAUGGAGCGAGCAAAGGGGUCUACUAUCUUUAACUUUAUCACACUACCUCAGCCUACAAGUUCGACAGCCACUAGCAAUACCUGCGCAGUAAACGUUUUGAGGGGCGGCGGUAAAACUUCAAGUUACAACAAAAGGUAAUUCAGCACAGCUUUUCUGUAUCGGAAUUGGAUCGGUAUCGGCCGAUACUAAACUGUAGAUAUCUGUAUUGGUAUCAGAGGUGACAAAAGUGGAUUGGUGCAUCCCUAAUUUUGAGUACACUCAGAGUACUGGGUUUAUGAUCAAAAGGCCUUGGUUAGAGGUGAUAUGUAACAAUGUCCCAGAAUGUUAUAAAAAAAAUGUAAUAAAACCCAAAAUGUAAUAAUUGGUCAAUAUAAUGCAAAAAGAUGUCGAGCCCAAAAAGUAACUUUUUGCCCAAACUUGUUACAUUUUGGGUCAGUUAUUACAUUUUGUGUUUUGUUUUAUUUAUUUAUUCUUUUUUUAAAUUACAUUUCAGGCUCAGCACUUUUGUUACAUUGUUGACCAAUUAUUACAUUUUGGGCUUUAUUAUAUUUUUUAAAAUUUUUUAUAACAUUUUGUAUCAUCGCUACAUAUCGGGCUCUAGUAGGCCUCUUUAAUGUUGAUUUACUAAAUAAAUAAACCUGAGUCUGAAGGAAGUAUCCUCUCAAAAUUGUUUUGCCAACAACAGAAAAAACAAAAACUCUUGAUAGAGUCUAGCGUACGGAGCAGCCAACCAAAACAUAUUUAAAUACUCCUGGCUCCCAUCCCGGUAUAUUCAAACUAUGCCUGCAGCCCCUGAGAGCCCACCUCAGAGAAGAUGGGAUUUAAUCUUUUUUUUCAUAGAAAGCAAUAAAGGGUCCUGUAAUGCUGACUACUGGAUAGCUACUUUUCCAUUCUAGUCUGUUCAUUCCUGAUGCGACGAGUCUUCAGGGCUUCAGCUUAAAAGAAAAAUCUAGAAAUGAGUGAGAUUAAAUUUGGAACGCAUCCCCUGAUUUCCCACGCGGUUAUAUACUGUGAUGUGAGAAGUCAGACAAAGUGUAAAGGUGUCUUCUCUUCAGAUAACACUGGCGCUCCAUUUGCUGUGAACUAGAUUCUUAAUGAGUAUCUCAUCUCACAGCUGGGUCUUCUUAAUUCUGCUUUUUUACUGUGACAGUGUUAAUUGUUGUAUUUAGUGAGCUGACAUGCCAGCAAAAAAAAAAAAAAUACUGCGCUGCGUAAUGAUAGUUCAUCACAAUGGAGAAGAGAGAGCAUCUGGGGAUAAAUGCUAGUAAUCCUCAUGACACUGUAGUGCACAUUUUUACAUCUGACAAUAUUUGAAUACAGUUAUGUGUUGGUAAGCUUGGAAAUUUACUCUUUAAGCUAAAAAUCUCACAGAAACGCAAUCAAAAUUAGGUAAAGCUGUAGUAUUUGGGUGUGGUAGGGGGAGAAAACAUAGUGCCAAAGAAAUUUGUAACUGGAAAAAAAAGUGUACCAAGGACAAUGAAUUAUUUGUUUGUUUUACUGAAUGGUUAAAGUACAUUUUCACCUAAAGUCGAUACCACUGAAUAGAUGAGAUUCUUUAUCGGUGCUCUGGCACUGAUUUUGAUGCUUCUGUGUAAAUUAAAGUGUAAAUUUCUCUAUUUUGAAAACAAGCAUACUUUUAUUUUGAAAGGACAUAAAAAAAAUUUCCUCUGGAUUUCAAAGUUACUGGAGUAAAUGUUAACAGCUGUGAUAAAAAUGAGUCCUUAAAAGGCUGAAGUUUCUUUCUUUUCCCUUUCUUCAUUAGGACAGUCAUGUUUAGUUUAGAAAUGAUACAAGAUGAUUCAAAAUUGUUGCCCACUGAGCAUUUUUUUGGCCUAAAAGAGGUAUAAUAGAUGUCUAAAAUCAGGCUACCACAGGUCUAAAACUGAGUUUUUUAGGCGUCUAAAUUGAGACCAAGUUUAGACUAAAUCUAAAUCUGGGCUAAAUCUAUACUACACUGUAGUGUUGUAGUACUCGAGAUCGAUCUUGGUCUCGAUCGGUCUCAAGACCAUUUUUUGAGGGUCUUGGUGUCGUCUCGGAAUCAAAGCCAUUUUCACUCGGUCUUGUCUCGGUCUCGGUCCUCUCUAGUCUCAGUAAUGUCUUGGUCUCGGUUGGUGCGGUCUUGACUACAACACUGCUUCACUGUAUAUUACUCAACGGCUAUUAUAAUUAUUUGGUUAAGUACAUAGAGAUCAGUUAUGCAACCCCCAGUGGCUUUUUGAAAUAAAUAGUUAUAGAAUAAUGGGUUAAAGUGCAAUGUCUGAAUUCAGUCUAAAAAUAUACAGAAUCUAGACGGUUGAAAUUAGAUCUAAAAAAAAAACUAGAUGUCUAAUAGCCGUCCAUUGCUCAGUGGGUGGUUUAUGACACCAUUUCUCCAUAUUUUUUCAACAGGGCAAGAGAGCUAAAUAAAACUGUAAUUUUUGACGCUCUUAUGUAACAUAAUGCCUUAGUUCCUGUACUGUUUAAAAAAAAUAUGCAUACUUUUAUUUUGAAAGGACAGGAAAAGUUCUCCUAUUGGAUUGUAAAGUUAAAGCAGUAAAUGUGAACAGCUGGGACACAAACCUGCACUUUUCCCUUCUCUUACUUGAGCUUCUUUUCCAUCAGCACCAGCACUAUCUAUUCUCUCAGGUCAAGCACACAUACACCAAACACAACAUAACAAAUCAAACAAAGCCAAAACCAAAAACCAAAAAGCAAACACAGCUCCUCUCAAUAGAUUUAAAAUACACACAGCAGAGAAACAUCCAUUUAACUGAAGAGACAAAUUCAUGCUCUUAUGUUUCCAUUUAUACUCUCUUUCCCAGUCUGUCUCAGUUACCUGCUGAGCACAUUUGGACACAUUACUCAUGACACAUGCACAAUAAAAGCAGGGAGACGGUCCACGUGCUAUAGUGGAUGGCAAUUUUAUAUGGAUAAAAAUAGAGACUUGCUGAAAUGGUUGACAAAUAUACUUUGGCAGGCCGCCCAGGUGUGGUUGAUGUGUGGAAAACAGUGGCAGCGCAUCCUCAACUAUGCAAGGACUUAGAUUGCUGUGUUUGGAAGUACUAAACUGAAGUGUGGGCAGAAAGUGAAGGAAAUCUUUAAAAGCAACUGAUGAUGCUUGAGUUAAACACCUCAUGACGCCAAAGAGCGCUGGAAUCUUGUAUGUCCUCCUUUGAACACACACCCCAUCUCUGUCACACUCAACAUGAUAUCUGUGCUUCCUUUAUCUCUCUGUCUCUCCCUCUCUCUCUCUCUCUCUCUCUGUCAUCGCUGUCACGUGUUCCUUUCUCUCUUGUUCUGUCUCUUUGGCCUACUUGAUUAAUUAGAUAACACAGAGAGAGAGAAGUGAGGAGAGCCGCACAGAGACCAUGAGGCCAAGGACAGAGGACGGAUGAUUAAUGUGCACAGAGCCAGUAAACAGCGAUCAUAUGGGAGGUUUUAUGUGCCUUUGUGAUUGUUUAUUAGAAAUAAACACGAGGUACUUCUAUCGCCUUGACUAAUCGGUUACAAACACCCGCAAACAAAGACUCCAUUUAUGCAAACUUCAGGUAUUGACCACCCCAACCUUGGAUCAUGAUGGGCAGAGGGAGCCAACACAUCAACAGGGUUAUAAAGCAGCCUCCCUUUGCCUGUGUUUUACAAAGUUAGGUCCACGACACCGCGGGGAGCAUGAAUGGUUUGCAAAUUAAAGAGGUUUUAAAGACUCAAGCUCGAACAUUGGUGGUUCUUGUAAUUCCAGGGUGGUAGAUCUCUGCCAGCGGCCACUGUUGGCAUGCAAUUUGCUCAUGACUGUGCCCCUGCACCCAUCUUUCCACCCUCUUUCCCCCAGUCAUCCCCCCCCCCGCUCUUCCUUUCUGCUGAUAAUGUGACCUUGAUCACAGAGCUGCUACCCUCCCCACAGGGUCAACCCCCCUGCCUCCGAUAAUGAGUUGUUUUCCCACAGUGGGCGAACGGGACAAAAAUGGCCUUCAGGACAGCCGCACAGAGAUAGAGAGAGAGAGAGAAAAAAAGAGAGAGACGGAGAGAGGAGCUGGUGGAGAUGCAAAGAAGACAGGAAUAAAGGGAUACAAGAGGAGAGGAAAUUAGAAAUUAGAGGGAGGGAGUUGAGUGCAGCUGGGAAGGAGAGAGAGGCAGUGAAGUGAGGUGGGGGAGAGGGAGGUGUGAGCCAGGCGUGUGCACAGAGUGAGAGGGGCAGAGAGCUCAGGGAGAGGAAGAGAGAGAGAGAGGGAGAGAGAGAAAGAGUGGAAUAGCUAGAGGACAUAGAAGAGGUGCUGCUGGUAAGAUGUUUCAUUUAUGUUUUAUAGCUUCAUUAUCAACAUGCUGCAAAAGACACAAGAGGCUGUUUGUUUUGUGUUUCAGUGGACUUUAAAGGUGUGAUUACUGUCAAUCGCUCUGUUGUGUUUGUACUGCUUGUGUAGUUGUUUGACUUUUUUAAGGCUUAAAUGCUGUGAGAGUGAAGAACUUUGACUAAAACUGAUAAAAGUUCUGCGUUGUUUGAAGCUUAGUUUGACGUUCAGUGAAAAAGUUGACAAGCGUUAGUUGACUGUGACCUACUUCACGUAUCGCUGUGAGGCAAAGUAACUUCAAUUUCAUCCACUCGUCGGGGUAAAAUGCGUCUUAAAGUCUGACUUUGUGGCUUUUGGAACCCUGAGUAUCGAGAGUUUUGAUUGGUGCAUUGUCGCUGUGAUCGGUUUGUUGUGGAGGAAGAGAAUUUUCAUAUCAGGCACAUAUUUAGACUGCUGUGGGUGAUACUCUCACCUCAAAUUUACUUUGUAUUCGGAUGUUUCUUUUCAAUUGUCUUUUCAAAUGUUUUGUUUUGGUGAAUUUGAAGAUGUUUUGUCAAGUAUGAGUGUUUAACUGAGUCAUAAUUCAUGAUAAAAUUGGUGCUUUAACAUGUAGCAUUGUUAAAUAGUGAAGAGAACAAGCAUUACAAAACUAAGUCUUUAUUUGUUGUCUGUCAACCUAUAACUUUGAUGAAAUACAACUUCAAGUCCUGUGUUGCUCAAAUCAACUUUGUAGCUAUUUUGGCGCCCCCUAUUGACAAAACUCUGCCCCUGUUCUCUUUGAUGAUCUUUCCCUGUACAUUAGUUUGUAUUGUUUCUAGUGAAACUCAAGGCUUUUCAUUUGAAUGAUGAAACGUGUCACUUGCUGUGAAUCUUGAAUCUGUGAAUCAAAGGCUGUUUCAGUCGUCCCCCCAUCUGACAUCCACCUGCCUGGCAGGAGUUAAAGGCUUUGAGAAAUAACUAUGUAGAAAAAAAUCAAUCUGGCUGCUGAUGGUGUUGUUUAGUUUUUAAGGUCAUAUAGAGUCAUUACUAUUCAAUACAGCAUAAUCAGAAUAUGCUGUGCUCUCAGAUAAAUACAUGUCAGUGACUGAACAAUCAGGUCAUUUGACUAAUUCUGAGAUUUUGUUGGUGUAUUUCUUCAGUUUUGUCCUCAGCCUUUGUUACUAACCCUGUGUGGCCUUGCUUUGAGAUCCAAGUUAGUAAAUACAAAACAAAAAAUAAACUGUGUUUUAUUUCCGGAAAAUUUCUAAAAAUACUGUUUUAAACAUUUCUCAGGUUUGGCGUGUCAAAUCACUUCUUUCUUUGAAAAAAAAAAGAUGUAUAUUUAUGUUUUUUAUAGUAGAAUUUGACAUUUUGUUUAUUUUUUGUUUGGAUUAUUGAGAUUUGUACUCCAUGCUUUUGUAAACAAUUAUGAAAAUUAGUUUUAACUGCAUGAAGUUAUUCUAAAAUACAUUUCUGAAGACUUUUAUUUGCCGUUUGAAGUUUAUGGUGCAGAUAUUUUUUGUAGGAAUAACAUUCAAUGAAAACAUUUUUAGUGGAUAGUUGCACGGCUGCGAAUCUUGAUGCUUUUGUCUAAUUUUAAAAAAAAGUUUUAUGUAGUUUGAAGUUUUUGAGUUUUGAUUGGCACUCAGCUGUUACUAUAGACUCUAAAAUUUACAAGAAUCGUAGCUCUGAUGUUUUCUGUAAACUUCAGCUGCAAAGCUUCAAAACAAACUAGACCGAGAUAGUGUGAGAGAGAGAGAGAUUAUCAUUUAGUUUGAUAACAGAGAGAGAAAAGAGUCAUGGGCACCUCUUGAUGGUAUCUGAAAGGAAACAAUGGAAGGAGCUCCGUCAGAGGGAGGUUGUGAUGAAGGGAUAGCAUGAUUGACUCAUUGAUUGGCUUAUCAUUGAUCAGAGACUGUGUACUCUCUCAUGUGGCACAGCCAAUUGAAUCUAUACCAAACAAAGUUGAUAUUAAACCAUUCGUCUGCUCAUGUGUAAAAGCAGAUGACAAACUCUUCACUUUACCCCCCAAAAGAGGCGAAUCAAAGGUUUAUCAAAACAAAGAAGCAAAAGGAAGCUACAUGAUAAAUAUGAAACUUGAUGGCAUUGGACCACCUUCAGUAUCUAGGCCAAGCUAGCCUCAUCAGGAAGCCCGUCCCUUGUGGUUGAUCAGAUGAUUUUCUCUUCUAUAAGCCCGUCAUCAUAAAGCUAUUACCGGCCUCAAGUUGUGGGUUUUUUUCUGCGCAUGAUGACUCGUUUUUUAUUUUAUUUCUGGGAACAGUAUAGAUCUACUAGGUCAUUGUCUGAUGAAUAAACAUUACAUUUUAUUUCAUAUCUUUGCCUAUUAGUGCUGUGAAGAGUCUGUGUGUUUUACUCAGCUGUGGUUUCCCUUUAGAAGCUGGGUCGUGACCCCUCAGAUGAAGACUGCUUCUUCGACCUCCUCAGUAAAUUCCAGAGCAGCCGCAUGGAUGACCAGCGCUGCAAUCUUGAUGAACCACACAACGGAGAUAACGGAGAGGGUGCUGCGAACGCCAUGCCGUCCCUGAACGAGAGGAUAGGUUGGUGGAAAGCACUGUCCACAUCUAGUCUCUGUUAUAAAAACUGAUUCGAGUACCUCUAAUGGUGCUCUCGUCUCGCCUUCUAGAUCCUGCGAUAACGACUUCCCCACAGACUGAGGAGCUCUUCGACUUGAUUGCUAGCUCUCAGAGCCGCCGUCUCGAUGAUCAGCGGGUCAAUGUUGGGAAUCUUCCAGGCUUGAGGAUUACCCACAACAAUCUGGGACACUUGGUAGGUGAAGGGGAUCAUCAAGAACCCAGUGAUGACUUCUUCAACAUGCUCAUCAAGUGCCAGGUAAAAUCGACACGACAAGAACUCUGGGUCUCUCUCGAAUUUGUAAUUAUUAGUCUAAUAGAGCGUGGAGUAAUUAAUUUGUUCAUCUUUCCCACUGUAGUCCUCUAGGAUUGAUGAUCAGCGGUGCUCACCACCAGAGGCCGGCCCCCACGCCCCCACAGUGCCUGAUGAAGACUUCUUCAGUCUAAUCCAAAGGGUGCAGGCGAAGCGUAUGGACGAGCAGCGCGUCCAGCUGCCUGCAGACGACCAGGACAGCCCUCAGUCCCCUGAGCCAGACUCGCCUGGUGGUUUCUCUAGCUAGGACUUUGUGAAUUUUUACCGUAACUUCAUGUCAAAGAGAAUUAAAGCAGAGGGAAAGAACGAAGGAUGAGCCAAUAUUUAAAGACGGCACUGAAGGGUGAACUAACGACAUUUUUAAUAACAAGACAAAUUUAAUGUGCAAUAGGUGGUGCCCUGUUAAACGUUCGCUCGGUGUGUUUCGCUCUAUAUAUGUGUGUAAAUAUAACAGGAAAGCAGAAUUUCAGCUCGAUGGUGCGAGGUUAAAGAGGUUGAGUUCAGGGGACAUGAUAACAACAACAUGAAAUAGAUUUUUAAUCUAAUGCCUUAAUCAGCAUUUUUCAGACUCAAGAUUGUAUUCUGUGGAGUCAGAUGUGUUUUCUGGAAGCACACUGUGGGCAGGCAGUGUUAUACUGAUGAGUAACCUGGAAACUUUAAGCAGGCGUUACAAAAAUCACAGAAAUCAGAAAUAAAUUUAAAACUUCAGACAAAUUUGCACUAAAAGUCGAACUAUUUUCCUAAAGACUUGGAUGAUGAUGGAAAAAUUAGGGAUGCACUGCUGCAUCAGUUGAACGACGGUUUCAACCACUCUCUACGAUACAGGCGAUACGAAGCGAUGUGCCAUGAAACAUGUCAAAAGCCAAUGUUUCUUUUUAUCUUAUCCCUUCUUUAUUGCAUCAGAUUAGCGCUUGGAAGCUCAUUCACCCGACGUCUGAUUCAGAGAGGAGUUUUCUUUUUAAGUCAGAGGAAAUCAAGGUCUUCUGGACUUCUGAAGAAUUACAAAUAAGUAAUGCAAAAAAAAGAAGCAACCCAUGCAUCCGCUUAAUUCUAAAUUCAAAUAUUGAUUUUCACUCUCAUUGCUCUUAAUACAGCUUUUAUUAUUAUUCCAUUUUCAUUGAAAACUGAUGUAAUUGGUGCAGCAACAGUAUUAAGAGUUUCCAUUCAGUGUUUAACUGUCAAAUCAGUUUAACCCAUAGACUGUAUAUACUAUGGACAACUUGGUUCCGCCUUCCACCAGUAUACGGAUUUGAAGCCGAAAAGCUCUCAGUAUUUCCGCGAUUUUUCUCCAAUUCCUGAAACCAACAUUGCGCAGUAGCAAUGUGCGCAUUCAGCGGGAGAGUCGCAGAGAUGACACUCAGCAAUCUUCGUGCGCCCAUAGGCUGUAUCAGGUGUCAAUCAUAGAAAACAUGAACCCCCUAAUAACUUUUAAAAAUGGAGCUAAAGAGAAAAAAAAGGACUUGAGCACAAACCAGUCUUACAGUGACGACAUGUCAACAUCGCAACCAGGUGGGAGAAAAAUUUAUGUUCUGUGUAAUAAGUUUCUAAAGUUUGUCCAUGACGCCAUAGGGAUUGCUGGAGGAGGCAGGAUUUAUGACCUAAACUGCAGCCUGUCACCAUAGGGUCCUGUGGCAGACGCUGUUCAUUCUAUAUACAGUCUAUGGCUUAACCUCGCCACUGAUUGAUAAUUGAUUGAUAGAAAAAAAAAGUGAUUCUUUUAAAAUUAACAUAGAAAUCUGAACUUUUCUGUACAUCUAGAGUCUGGUCUCGACUGUACCUUUUUAUAAAGCAUCUUGGGAGAACAUUCGUCGUGAAUUGGUGCUGCAUAGAUACAGACUGAUUGCAUAUCUUCACACGGUAUGUAGGAUCCACGGUUAGUGAAACAACACAGCUGCUUUCUUCGACAUUCAAGGUUAGAGAGUCCUGGGAUAUUUUAAGCUUCGGUCAAUGUUUCUGCUUCGCUGCAUAAGUAACGCUACCUGCUGCCCGUGAUGUUCUCAACAUCUGAUAACAGACUAUUGCCUACUGCCAUUAUCACUGUCACUUUACAUAGAAAUAGAAGCAGAUGGACAAGGUGGUCAUCAUAUCUUGAAGAAUCUAAUACCGUGAGUGAUUCUGACCCACUAAUACUAGGUUGUGCUGCCUCCUUGUGGUUAAAAUCUUGUAGUGCUUCUAUUUAGUGAAUCAAACAUUCCCUCCUCUUGACCACACUUAAACACGGCAUAAUGACACAUCCCAAAAGAGACAAGUAUGUCUCUUCGCCCUGCUUUCAGUGACUAAAUUCAGCCAACACGGGCCAUUUAUGUGGAGAUGUUUGUGAAUAUUUUCAUAAAGGUUAAGGUGCAUCAUUAAAAAAAGGUCAAGUGCAGAAAGUACAUUUGGAUCGGUACAAAAAAAAAGUAUUCAACCUUUCUGUUGGGUUUGCUUUUUAUUGAGAAGUAGUGCAUACCUCAUUUUUGUACCUUAGUAUUCUGAACCAGGAUGGAUCAAGUUUCCAGUUUCUAUGUUUGAUUCAUCUACCUUUGAUUAAAAAAAAAAAAAGACAUUGGGAGCUAAAGUUAAUAUUUCCUUUCUUUUGUUUUUGUGAAUUAACAUUUUUAGACAGUUCUCGGUACGCUUCUUUUUGUCUCUGUCAUAAUUUGUACAUAUAAAUAUAUUUUGUAUUUAUGUUCCAUUUGAGGGCAUUGACAUGUCCCUUCAUGCUUUUAAUAAAAUGUUUCAGAUGUUA